AUGUCGGGACAAUAUGCCUACUUGACAGGCGGCGCCAGUGGCAUCGGCCGCGCUGUUGCCGAAAUGCUAGUCAAGCACAACAUUAAGGUCUUCAUCGCCGAUCGCGAUCUCGACGGCGCCCAAAAGCUCGUCGACGAACUCAACAAAAGCGGCCCAGUCGCGAAAUGUGCACGCGUAGACGUCGCUGAUUGGAGCUCACAAGCCAAUGCUUUCAGUCAAGCUGUAGCAGACUUUGGACGAAUUGACUAUGUUUACCCGAUCGCCGGUGUGGGCGAGCGUACUUGGACUACCAACGAUCCUUCCCAGACGGGAUUUCAAAAGCCCGACCUAUCUGUUCUUGAUAUCGAUCUUACCGGUGUCUUGUACACGGUCUCUUUGGCCGUGCAGCAAUUCCGAAAGCAGCAACCGGGCAAGACUGGAUUCAGGGGCAAAAUCGGAUGUGUCGCGAGUAUUUGUGGCUUGUACGCCGUGCCGACAGUGCCCAUCUAUACUGCAGCUAAGCACGGUGUCGUUGGUCUCACCCGCUCGUAUGGACAUUAUCUCCCCGAGGAGAAGAUCACCCUGAACUCCGUAUGUCCCAACGUUGUUCGUACAAAUAUUUCGACCUCGGAGUUCUAUGACGCCCUCGACAAAGACGGGCUACUGGCUCCUAUUGAGGGUGUGGUAGAUGUGUUCGAGAAGCUCCUGGGUCAAAGUCCGACUUCUGGAGAGUGUUUCGAGGUAGGACCAAAUUAUAAGACUCAAGGUGCCGUUGUGAGACAGGCGCACGAUUUCAUCGACGAGGAAAGUAAAAGGGUAUGUGAGCUGAUAGGGAAGAGGUCGCACAAGCUGCAGCAACCUCGUUGA